AUGGCCGCCGCGGCGAACAUCCUCGCACGCUGCGGCAGUGCCGCGGCGGGGGUCGAAUUACCCAGCCCUGAAAGCAGGAGCGAAGCGGUGGGGUUGUCCCGCACGCGGAUCAACACGGCUGCAGCCCGCCCCACGUCGUUCGCGCGCGUUGCCAGGAAGCCGCGUACCUCUUCAAGAAAAGCCGCCAUCAAUGUUCAAGACCAUUCGAAUCCACAUUCGGCGGAUAUGACAAUCACGGGGCUGGAGUGGGUAAGAAUGGUAGUUCCACGAUAUUUAAAAGAGGGUUUCGGAUCGGCGAAGUCUGGAUGCCCCUGA